AGAAGGUUUUGCGGUCCUUCUCUGUGUUUACUACCAGUUGACAUCCGGCGUCUUCCCGUCCAUUAGCCUCCGAUACCCAGAGUCACUAUAACGCCAUCCGUCUACACUCGAUCAUUUCCCCAUGGAAAACGUUUCCCGCUGACUUGUCGAUUCAACUGAAUGCAAAAUUGCAUCGUUUUCAUCAGAUGCAGUGCUGGUGUUUGUGUCAGGGCUCUGGCCCCGUCUCCAGCUGCUGAAGCACACCGGUCCUGUCCUUUCUGCUCCCCGUCCACGGCCUUCCUUCUUGCUGAGCCAUGACCACCCAGAGGGAUCUUGAUAUGGUGCACCUCCGCCUGAUCCUGGUCAGUGGCAAAACGCAGGACUUCACUUUCUCUCCGAAUGACUCGGCCACGGACAUCGCCAAGCACGUAUUUGACAACUGGCCUGCAGGAUGGGAGGAGGAGCAGGUGAGCAGUCCCAGUAUACUGCGCCUCAUUUUCCAGGGACGCUUCCUUCAUGGCAACGUCACCCUGGAGCUCUAAAGCUGCCACCGGGCCGAACGACUGUCAUGCACUUGGUUGCCAGGGAGACACUUCCAGAGCCCAACUCUCAUGGUCAAAGGAACAGA